AUGGAGGCUUUCCCUUGGGCGCCCCGCUCGCCCAGCCGCGGCCGCGCCCCCCCGCCCAUGGCGCUCGUGCCCAGCGCCCGCUACGUGAGCGCCCAGGGCCCGGCGCACCCUCAGCCCUUCAGCUCGUGGAACGACUACCUGGGGCUCGCCACGCUCAUCACCAAGGCGGUGGACGGGGAGCCGCGCUUUGGCUGCGCCCGCGGCGGCGGCGGCGGCGGCACCUCUCCGCCCUCCUCUUCCUGCUGCUCCCCCCACGCGGGGACCGGGCCCGGGGCGCUGGGGCCGGCCGACGACGACGACGACAGCGACGAGCCGGGGUCCCGGGGCCGCUACCUGGGCGGCGCGCUGGAGCUGCGCGCGCUGGAGCUGUGCGCGGGCCCCGCCGAGGCCGGGCUGCUGGAGGAGCGCUUCGCCGAGCUGAGCCCGUUCGCCAGUCGCGCCGCCGCCGUGCUGCUGAGCUGCGCGCCCGCCGCUGCAGCCCCUACCGCCGCCGAGGUGGCGCCGCGCGAGGAGCGGGCCCCGGCGUGGGCGGCCGAGCCCCGGCUGCACGCCGCCUCCGGGGCCGCCGCCGCCCGACUGCUCAAGCCCGAGCUGCAGGUGUGCGUGUUCUGCCGGAACAACAAGGAGGCGGUGGCGCUCUACACCACCCACAUCCUGAAGGGACCCGACGGGCGAGUGCUGUGCCCGGUGCUGCGCCGCUACACGUGUCCCCUGUGCGGCGCCAGCGGCGACAACGCGCACACGAUCAAGUACUGCCCGCUCUCCAAAGUGCCGCCGCCGCCCGCCGCCCGCCCGCCGCCGCGCAGCGCCAGGGACUGCCAGCCCGGGAAGAAGCUGCGCUGAGGGCCUGGGCUCCGGUCUGCUGCCACCUGACGCCACCAGGGUCACCGCCUGCCCGCGCGCUCAUUUUCGGUCUGCGCACCAUCUUUUCCUCGCUGUUGGAGAGGCCUGGAGCUCGGCAGUUAGCUCAACUUGGGAAGUCGUUUUGGUUUUGUUUUGUUUUUUUCAAAGCAAGCCGGCCGUACGGAGUACUUUCCUGUCGAAGAGCGGUUGAGACUAGACGCUAAAAUCUUGAUUUAUCUGUGGUUUGUAGUUUGUGCACAUCCGGACGGUGAAGGCUGGGUGUGUAUUCCACUACCUGAAAUAUGGCAACUUAAUGGCGCUGUUUAUUUACUGUAUACGUCAAUCUAUUUUAGAUGCGCAUCAGUAUGAAUUGUCUCAAUCUAAUCUCGGAUGUUUAAUUUUAUGGAGGCACUUUACUAGGUCUAGAAUAUUUUUUUAAAAGCCUCAUAACUGAAAACUGGCGAUUUUAUGGAAUGUCGGCAAAAUGACUAUUUUAUUGUUUGGAAACAAUAUUUCUUAGUUGUCCUUAGUCAGUUACU